UGUGACUUGCUUCAAGAGUCUGUCGGUAGAAAACAAAUCUGUAAAAAACUACUUAUAUCAAGCUACUCAGCAAAGCAAUUCGAGUCACAUUUUUCGGAUACCAAUAGCAAAUUUAUUUGCAUACAUGUUUGGCGAGUGGGGUGUUUCCUCCUUUGCCAUUGGUUCAAAUGAUAAUGAUACGUUUGUGUAAGACCCAAAGCACUUAUAUCUAUUGUUGUGGAAAUCCCGCUUGACUUGAAAUGGAUGAAUUUGAAAUCAGUCGCCAAAGGUCAGGAACCGGUCUCAUAGCGAUGCUGAAGCGUAAAUUCGCCGUGCUGAUCAGCUUUGCAGUGGCUUCUGUCAUCGUACUGCAUCUCCUUAGCAACAAUCACGAGCCUUAUGACCGAACACGUGUGCAACACGUGAUCAUAAAGACGCGUCACCACAACAACAUACGAGGGGCAAUUUAUCGAUUUGAUAGAGAUGAAUUGCGACAAGACAAGCCUGGCGACUAUGAAGGUGAAAUUGGUCACCCUGUGGUAAUGGGAGACCAAAGGCAUCUUGAGAAAAGAAUGUCAUUGAUGAUGGCUCCACAGGCUGAUACCACAGGGAGCCCAGGCGGUGCAGAACACGAGAAUGAGAAACUGUUUCCUCUAGCUGAUGCACCGGGUGAAGCCACAGGUGGCUUAAAAAGCGAACAUAAUAGUCUUGAGAUACCUAGUGUGAAUGUAACGAAAUAUGAGGGCACUCAUGAAACCACAGGAAACCUAAACGCCGAGGAGAAAUACCAUAAAAAUAAUGAGAACGUUUUAGAUGCAUCUGAGCUCACAGAGAGAGAACAAAAACAAACAGAGAAUGAUCAACUAGAGGAUAAGACUACACAGACUACAGAAACCCCCCAAAAGCCGAAACAGCAUGAUGUAGCCGAAACCAACGUAAACACACGAAGACGGAAAAAAGAAAACGCGCGCUUCAAAGAUGAGGCUACAGGAAGCUCAAGAAAACAAUCAAGCGAUGACGAUGUUUACAACACAGGCUACCCGGGCAAGGAUAAAUUUGAGUCGUGGUCUGAAGAUGACUCUGACGUCACAGAUGAAAGUGAUGAUGCGAUCUCAGGUCCCGGUACACAGAAAACUACGCCAAAUGGAAAGCAAUAUAAAGCUCAGUAUAAAGAUGAUGACGAACACGUGCGUAGAAAGAGAACGGUUCAAAAAAGUAAAUCGCACUCCCAUCAUAACGAAAGAGCAAAAAAUGUAAAACAAAGCUCUAAGCCGCGAGGGCAGGCUGUUGCUGGAAGGCAAAUUGAAAGUUGUUCUAAUAAUAAUCUAGGAAUAUCUUCGGAGGCAAAUGUGUCCUUGGACGAGCAAAUCACAUGUUUGCCAUACCAAUGGAGUGAAAAAGAAUGCCAAGUCCCAAGGAAAUAUUUCGGUACCUACGAUCUUCACUCAAAACCACCUAGUUGCAGCAAUAAACCAUCUCCGGAAAUUUGUACUAUAACGACAACAUAUCGAUUCAGUGCCGAAGAUGAUGUCAGUUUUGAGUGCGAUCAGGAUUCCUGUGGGGACAGGAAAGUGCUGCUUGGUUGUCGCGAUAAGGAUUAUGGGACGGUUCCGGAUAAACGCGAUUGGUCAAUCUUCCAGACGGUUGAGGAUCUGGCGGAAGAGCUUCCGAGACUUGUAAAACAAAACUCGAAACUGGGUUUCAAUUUUUGCUUCUUAAAAUGCUCCGGUGACGAGAAUGAGCAAGCGCUCAUUUUCCCGCCAAUUCUAAAACAUUACCGCAAAGCGUCACGUGACUCAAAAAUAAACGUGAAUAUUUUAUUAGAGGACGCGAUAUCAAGGCCACAUUUUUACCGCUCUCUACCGCAAACUGUAGAAGCCUUGCAUGAGGUUGAACGUAAUUCCGUCGCUAAGCUACUCGACUUUGAAAUUUUCCAGAGUGUCGCGUCCUACACGUUUCAAAAUUUGCGGAUCCUUUUUGCAGGCAAGGAGCUGUUGAAAGCUGGUACGGAUAACGCGCAUCGCGAUAACGGGAUGGACCGGUUUUUUAACCGGUUUAGGAGCAACGGUUAUCAAUCAUUCGUUCAGGAAGAUUUAUGCUUUUUUGACACUUGGGGCUCUGCUGCCUCACCGACUUAUAAAGACAAAGUGAAGCCGUUUACGGAUGAGUUCAAGGCUUAUAUGGGGGCCUAUAAAAACGCUACGGAGCGAUAUACGGAUAACGGAGGAUUGACACAUUUUGCCUGUGAAAGUCUUAUUUCUCUUGGGUUUACUAACCCUUUCAAAAAUCUCCCUAAGGUUUGUUGUAACGGGAGGUUUACCAGUGAGUACUUAAUGGAUUACAUUGCACAGUUCUUGGAAAGCGUUGAAAGGGACAAAAAAGCCGCUCCAGCGGUAAUGUACACGCAUCUGAACUCUGCGCACGAGAGCUCAGGAAAGCGCAUACGCUCUGACGAUAAACCACUGGCCAAACUUGUGCGACGCAUGGCAAAUUUGGAGAAUACACUGACCAUAUUGUUGUCCGAUCAUGGCUCAAAGACAAUGAGCUACGCGUAUGAGACAUUUCAAGGUCAAAUAGAGACGUUUUCUCCCUUCAUGUUUAUCAUAGUGCCAGAAGCCGUGGCCAAGAAACUCGGCUCUGAAAAACUUAAGAAUCUAAUCUCAAACCAAAAGCGUUUGGUUGGCAUAUUGGACCUGCACGAGUUAUUAUUAGGCGUUCUACAUCCAUCACAUGAUAGACCUGCAAGUGGGUUGCUAGGGAAAAUACCUAGAAACCGGACAUGCGCAGAAAUAGUAGGUCUGUCGUCCGAGGCAUAUUGUCGCUGUCGAGGCUGGAAUCAUUUUAUCGAUCCUCGGUCCCAAACGGUUCGGUGGUUGGCGGAGAUAGCCCUAGGUGAAAUCAACAAUAGGAUCUCCGCGCAGUAUAUGAAUGGCAGCGAUUCAAGGAGGGAGGGGUACGGUUCGUGUGCUCGCUUUGUCGGAAAAUCCGUCGAGCGGGCACGACAGCAGUUUUCGGGAAACUAUAUUUUUACAACUCUUAACCUCGUUUUAAAGCCCGCAUGGGGUGUUGCGAACGACGAGAGAUUUGAAGUUCGGUUGAGUCACUCCUCCAUUGCGCGCUCUCAUAACGUGGAAGUAGUUAGUAUCACGCGGAUAAGUCGGUAUGGCUUGUACGAAGCAUGUGUCGAUAAAAGCGUGGACGUCAGGCUGUGCGCAUGCGCAAGCAAAAAGAGCAAAAAGCGCGUGGGUCGACCUGACAUUGCGCAACUCAUGCGCGCAAAGCACUUUGGGAUACAGACCGAGGUGCGCAAUUUAAACUCCAAAUGCUUGAUAUUCGGGGUGAGAAAAUUUAAGAGUAGAGCAAUGAAAAAGAUGCAGACCAGAGUGUUGGGAUAUGAGAUCGCCAACAGUUGCAAAAGGACUGCGUUUGUAGUGAAGUUGGGAGGGACUUCUCGGAAAUCACAGAUUUCUCGGAAGUUGCCGUUUACUUUCCGUGUUCAGCCAAGAACUAUAUCAUUUCUCUACUCGGUGAAAAACGCUUGGAGAUAUGGCAGCUUUAGACCGUUAGUAAUGUUGACCCGUGAAUAAAUAGGCGCGGAGUGAUGCGGUGAUCAACGACACAACAAAGGGCUUUUCUCGAUUUUCCGAUCUCUAUUCAGGCCCUUUUUAGGGGUGGCCUUGGAUGUGGGAGCAUUCCAUCGUACAUCAUCAUGACACGCUUCUCGCCACAUCAUGACACGCUCCUCGCCACAUCAUGACACGCUCCUCGCCACAUCAUGACACGCUCCUCGCCACAUUAUGCGAAGUUUAAAGUGACAGAAGCACCCUACCCAUGAUGCAUUGCCACAGCACCAAUUUUUUCAACAUGUUUACAAAUUCUGAAAAUAUUGUACACGGUAUACGAAAUUAUCUAAUUAUAGAAAUAAAAUAAAGUCUAAGCUUUAUACAUCGA